UGUAUAUAAAUUGUAUAAAAAAUAGUUGCGGCUGAACCGUAUGCAAUACAAAAGUUAAACCACAAUAUUUUUUAGUAGCUCUCUAAGCCACAUGAAAUUUCUGCGACCAUUGUGCGGCAAAGCUGAACAAUUGCACACGUUUCUGUGCGCCAGAAUGCAAGAAGUAAGUGGCUUAAGUGUUCCACCGGCCAAGUGAAUUAUGUUACCAGCAAGCCCGGCACAGAAAGAUAGAGAGAGAGAGAGAGAAAGAGAGAGAGAGAGCAGUAAAUAGAGCGAAAGAGAGCGAAAGAGUUGCUUUAACAAAGCAGCUGCCGGUCAUUGUGCUUAAGCAUUGCAUGCACGUGUAUUGAGAGUGUCUGUGUUUGUGUGUGUGUGUGUGUGUGAUUUUGAGUGUGUGUGUGUGUACGUGUGUGUGUUAGCAAUACCUGCUGCAAUUCUGUUGCAUACUAUUUGAAUUGACUGCUAACCAAACCUGCGACGUGAGCAAAAGAGUGUCAAACUUGCAGACUAUAUAAAACUUCAAGCAUUAAGAUGAAAAUGUUUCUGAAUCAGUUGCCGCCGGGUGGCUUGAAUGCCUCUGGUGGUGGCGCCCCUAAAACUGUGGGCGGCUGUUGUGUGCCGCUGGGAUUACCGCAACCUUUGCUGCUCGAGGAGAAGAAAUUCCUGCUCGCCGUCGAGCGAGGCGAUAUACCAAAUGUGCGCAGAAUACUGCAGAAGGCACUGCGACAGCAGCAUAUCAAUAUCAAUUGCAUGGAUCCAUUGGGCAGGCGAGCCCUAACGGUGGCCAUUGAUAACGAGAACCUGGAGAUGGUCGAGCUGCUGGUUAUCAUGGGCGUGGAGACAAAAGAUGCCCUGCUGCAUGCCAUCAAUGCGGAGUUCGUUGAGGCCGUUGAGCUGCUGCUCGAGCACGAGGAGCUCAUAUUCAAGGAGGGCGAGCUCUACAGCUGGCAGAAGGUGGACAUAAAUGCGGCAAUGUUCGCACCGGACAUAACUCCACUGAUGCUGGCCGCGCACAAGAAUAACUUUGAGAUAUUGCGCAUACUUUUGGAUCGGGGUGCGGCGGUGCCAGUGCCACAUGAUAUACGUUGCGGCUGUGAGGAGUGCGUGCGUCUUAUUAACGAAGAUUCGCUGCGGCACUCGCUCUCACGCGUGAAUAUCUAUCGUGCCCUAUGCAGUCCCUCGCUCAUCUGUCUCACCUCCAACGAUCCCAUACUGACCGCCUUUCAGCUGUCCUGGGAACUGCGCAAUCUCGCGCUCACCGAGCAGGAGUGCACGGCGGAGUAUAUGGAACUGCGUAGGCAGUGCCAGCAAUUCGCCUGCUCUCUACUGGAUCAAACGCGCUCCUCCAAUGAGCUGGCUAUAAUAUUGAACUAUGAUCCGAACACAUCUUCCUAUGAGCCCGGUGAUCGCAUGAGUCUUACGCGACUCGUGCAGGCAAUUUCCUAUAAGCAGAAGACGUUUGUGGCCCAUUCGAAUAUACAGCAAUUGCUGUCGUCAAUUUGGUAUGAGGGACUGCCCGGAUUCAGGCGCAAGUGCUUCGUGGACAAAUUCAUUUGCAUUGCCCAGGUGGCGAUGCUGUUUCCAAUCUACUGUUUCAUCUAUAUGUGUGCGCCCAACUGUCGAACGGGUCAAUUGAUGCGAAAGCCGUUUAUGAAGUUCCUCAUCCAUGCCUCAUCCUAUGUGUUCUUCCUGAUUAUCCUCAUAUUGGUCUCGCAGCGUGCGGACGAUGAGCUUGUCCGUUUCCUUGGCACGGCCCGAAUGAAGGCCGAGCUUGAAGAGCAGGAGCGACGACAACGGGGCCAGGCGCCCAGCCGGUUGGAGAUAGUCGUUGUGCUCUACGUGAUUGGUUUCAUAUGGGAGGAGGUGCAGGAGAUAUUUGCCGUCGGCAUGCGGAGGUAUUUGCGUAACAUGUGGAACUUUAUCGAUUUUCUGCGCAACAGCCUCUACGUGUGCGUCAUGUGUCUGCGUGCCUUUGCCUAUAUCCAGCAGGCAACGGAAAUAGCGACAGAUCCACAGAUGGCCUAUAUACCGCGCGAAAAGUGGCACGACUUUGACCCACAUCUAAUUGCCGAGGGCCUGUUUGCGGCGGCUAACAUUUUUUCUGCCUUGAAGCUGGUGCAUUUGUUCAACAUUAAUCCACACUUGGGUCCGCUGCAAAUAUCGCUGGGUCGAAUGGUCAUUGAUAUUGUCAAGUUCUUCUUCAUCUACACCCUCGUUCUGUUCGCCUUUGCCUGUGGCCUCAAUCAGUUGCUCUGGUAUUUCUCGGCACUGGAGAAGAGUAAAUGCUAUGUCCUGCCAGAUGGGAAGGCGGAUUGGGCUUCGCACGGCGACUCCUGCAUGAAAUGGCGACGCUUUGGCAAUCUGUUUGAGACAUCGCAAUCGCUGUUCUGGGCCAGCUUUGGCAUGGUUGACCUCGAUGACUUUGAGCUGACGGGCAUCAAGUCAUACACCCGAUUUUGGGGCCUGCUUAUGUUUGGCUCGUACAGCGUCAUCAAUGUGAUUGUUUUGAUGAAUCUACUCAUUGCCAUGAUGUCCAAUUCCUAUGCCAUGAUUGAUGAGCAUUCGGACACCGAGUGGAAAUUUGCUCGAACCAAACUCUGGAUGAGCUACUUUGAGGACAGUGCCACAUUGCCACCGCCGUUUAAUGUGCUGCCCUCAGUUAAAUGGGUUAUUAGAAUGUUUCGAAAGUCCAGCAAGGCCAUUGAUCGACAGCGCUCUAAGAAACGCCAGGAGCAGGAGAAGUAUAAUAAAUAUGAUAAUAUUAUGCAUUCCCUGAUCUGGCGGUAUAUUUCUGCAAUGCAUCGCAAGUUUGAGGACAAUCCGGUCACCGAGGAUGAUAUCAAUGAGCUCAAGAGCGAGAUUAGCACAAUGCGCUACGAAAUGUUGGAGAUAUUCGAGAAUAGCGGACUGGAUGUGUCAUCAGCGAAUAAGAAAGAGAAGCAAACGAAACCGCGUCGCACGAAAGUCUGGGAGCGUCGUCUGAUGAAGGGCUUCCAGGUGGCGCCAGUGCACACGAGCAGCGAACAGGACCUGCUCAGCAAUGUGAAUGGCGAGGGUGAAAUGCAUGAGGUCAAAGUGGAGAAGGUGCCCUCGAAGCCAGCCAAGGAGACGGCCAGGGAGCGUUUCCAGCGUGUGGCUCGCACAGUGCUCCUCCAGUCGAGCACACACAAGUGGAAUGUGGUGCUUCAUGGCACGCUGCAGCACUCACAGAUUGGACGCAGCACCAAAUACCAGCGCAAGAGCCUUCAAAAUUUGGGCAAGGCCAUCGAGGAGGCCAAAAAGCUCAUUCUGCUCAAUCCGGGCAGCUCGUCGGGCCGCGAGUCGCCCAUACGCAUAGAGUUUGUGGACGAGAAAUCCAGCACUUUACUGGAGCUGCUCAAUCAGAUCAGCGAUGAGAUCAGCAGCUGUGAGCGACCACGAGUGAAGCCACCCUGCUGGCGACCACCUACAAAAUCUGUUGCUGGACGCGCCAUGGCUGCCAAUAAUGAGUGGUCCAGAUCGAAUACGGCACCGGAACUGCAACUCAACCGGAAAUCCAAGCCGGCGCCACAGUCCACUAAGAGUCGCAGCAGCAAUCGGACACGUGAGUUGCCUCUCUGCCCCAGCAAAUUGGCCACAAUAGCUGCAACGGCGCCGGUUGCCCCAACAACAGUUAACAACAACCGGGCCAAGACGACGACCACAAUGCCUUUUUCUGUGGAAUUUAAACUAGCUGAGCGAAUGAGGAGCAGGGGCAACUUCCCCUCAUCCUCGUCCAUUGGCGUGCCGUCGAGUAAUUCAACUGCCAUCGACUUACAUGUUGUCGAUUUAGAUGAGCGCUCUUCAAGUGGCGCUGCAUUCGAUAAGGAUAGCAUAUCCGAUGUUAGCUCUGUUCUAAGCAUGAGUCCCAAGCGGCCAAAUCAUUAAAUGUCCCGCUCGCGUGACCUCUUGUGAUAAAGCUUAUACAAAACAUAUAUAAAUAUAUAUGUAAUAAAACUUA